AUGCCCUAUCCAAGGAACAACGACAACGUGCUCGUCAUAGACCUCACCGGCGGCGAUUACAUUCCUUCGAACAACAUCUCCACCCGCAGCAGAGGAAAGCGCGCGAGAACUCAACCCGUCAUGGAUGAUGCUUCCAAUGGCCACAAACCCUCUAGCACCACCGACAACGAGGUCAUCUUCGUUCGCAGCAGGACAAAGCACACAAUGACGCUGAUCGACCUUACGAAAGACGGCUGUACUAAAUGCGAGGACUGUCUCCAGAACGACACCGGAAUGUUUCGGUUCGCAGGUUGCGGUUGUGUGUGCAAAAGGACCCUCGGCGAAACCAUGUCGCACCGAAGACCAUCAGGAGCGUUGGCCGCCAACCCAACCACUGAGACCCACCUAUGGCCUCGGGAGUGA